AUGAUCGCGAGCAAAGGCUGGACCGACAAACCAUUUUAUCACCCCGACGCUGCCCCAGGGAGGAUUACCUUCGACGCCGAGGCCAGCCGGCACGCGGAGAUCCUCAUCACGGCUUGCGGCCUCGACCCAAAGAAGGCAACGUUUGCGGAUAUGGAGUCGCUGAGCGUCCACGUCGAGUGUCUCGCCUGCAAAGGCAAGAAGCGCCUCGCGAUGGGCUGGCGCGCAGCGCUUCUGCACUCGCUCAAUGAGCACGGUGCCAGACUGAGGAACGGCGAACAAAUCUCCUCUCGUUGGUCCGUGGUCAAGAACGCGAACGACCUGAAGCGCAUCAUGGCUGAGGAGCUCAGACCUCCCUUGUGGCAGAAGACUACUAGGAUCGGGCUGCGCUGUACUCUCCCGAACUGCAACGCACACAUGAUCUGCCUGAAAGGCCAAAGGGAUGCGUUUGAUUGGCAUAGUGCUGUUGCCCACAAGAACCUGUCUCGCGCUUCCGACACGUCGAUGGUCAGCCACUACCUAGCGCCUGUGCAAUUUUAA